CAUACAGAGAAGAGAAGGUAAAAGAAGAGAAAGCACUCUCCACCAGCUCUGUAUCUGUAAAUGGCAUCAGAAACUCAAGUGUCUUGUCAGUCAGAUGUUCUUAUUCUCUGCUGGCCCAACUAUUAAUAAUAAGCAGAAUCAUUAACAAACAUGACGACUUCAUGGAGUGACAGACUUCAAAACUAUGCAGAUUUACCUGCCAACAUGGACAGACUUGCUAUGAAAAAGUAUAGACGAGAAGCUUACCACAGAGUGUUUGUAAACAGAAGUCUGGCAAUGGAGAAGAUUAAAUGCUUUGGUUUUGAUAUGGAUUACACUUUAGCAGUAUAUAAAUCUCCAGAAUAUGAGUCUCUAGGAUUUGACCUGACUGUAGAAAGACUUGUGUCUAUUGGGUAUCCUCAGGAGCUAUUGAACUUUGUCUAUGACCCAACAUUCCCUACAAGAGGGCUGGUGUUUGAUACAAUGUAUGGAAAUCUGCUAAAGGUGGACGCAUAUGGCAACAUUCUGGUUUGUGUCCAUGGGUUCAAUUUCAUGCGAGGACCUGAAAUCAGAGAGCAAUAUCCUAAUAAAUUCAUACAAAGGGAUGAUACUGAACGGUUUUAUAUUCUCAAUACUCUGUUCAACCUUCCAGAAACUUACCUAUUUGCCUGCCUUGUAGAUUUUUUCACAAACUGCCCUCGUUAUACCAGUUGUGAAACUGGUUUUAAAGAUGGGGACCUCUUCAUGUCUUAUAAGAGCAUGUUCCAGGAUGUCCGUGAUGCUGUGGACUGGGUGCACUACAAGGGUUCUCUGAAGGAGAAAACAGUAGAAAAUCUGGAGAAGUACGUGGUGAAAGAUGGCAAACUUCCUCUCCUGCUGAGUCGAAUGAAUGAAGUAGCUAAAGUAUUCCUGGCCACCAACAGUGACUUUAAAUAUACUGAUAAAAUCAUGACAUACCUAUUUGACUUUCCGCAUGGCCCAAAGCCUGGCACUGCACAUCGUCUCUGGCAGUCCUACUUUGAUCUCAUUCUCGUGGAUGCACGAAAACCACUGUUCUUUGGAGAGGGAACUGUCUUGCGUCAGGUGGACACUACAACGGGGAGGUUAAAGAUUGGGACCUACACAGGACCAUUACAGCAUGGCAUUGUAUAUUCUGGAGGGUCUUCUGACAUUGUUUGUGAUCUACUGGGAGCAAAGGGCAAGGACAUUGUCUAUAUUGGAGACCACAUCUUUGGUGACAUUCUGAAAUCAAAAAAGAGACAAGGUUGGCGAACCUUUCUUGUAAUACCUGAGUUGGCUCAAGAACUUCAUGUGUGGACUGACAAGAGCUCCCUGUUUGAAGAGCUUCAGAAUUUGGACAUAUUCCUGGCAGAACUGUACAAACAUUUAGAUAGCAGCAGUAACGAGAGACCAGACAUCAGCUCCAUUCAAAGACGUAUCAAGAAAGUGACGCAUGACAUGGACAUGUGCUAUGGCAUGAUGGGCAGUCUGUUCCGCAGUGGAUCUCGUCAGACCCUGUUUGCUAGUCAAGUGAUGCGCUAUGCAGACCUCUAUGCAGCUUCCUUUAUUAACCUCCUCUACUACCCCUUCAGCUACCUCUUCAGGGCUGCCCAUGUGUUGAUGCCUCACGAAUCCACAGUAGAGCAUGCCCACGUGGACAUCAAUGAUUCCGAGUCACCCAUGGCUACCCGCAACCGCAACUCUGUAGACAUGAAAGAUUCGGAGUAUAAGAGGCAUCAGCUGACCCGGUCCAUCAGUGAAAUCAAGCCUCCAAACCUGUUUCCGCAAACCCCUCAGGAAAUCACCCAUUGUCAUGAUGAAGAUGAUGACGAGGAGGAGGAGGAAGAGGAAGAAUAAGGAGUUGACUCUUAAACGACUGCACCCAAUCCUCCCAAUCCCUCAAAGUAGACUUGAACACUCCCCACCCCCGCCCCCCCUUCCCGAGGGGUUUAUACAACGGUUGGGAAAUGGCGGUUGAGGAAUGCAACGUACAACUCAUUGGAAAUCGGACAAAUCAGAGCACAGGCGCAAACCUGAAGCGCUUUUACAUUCAGAGGCACACAACACAUCAGCGCAGCAGAUUACAGUGGCUGUCAGGUAAUAUUCUGGUGGUCAACCCUAACGUUCAGGAAACGCGUCAAGGAUUGAGGCGUGAAGCACCGAGACCAAAGCCACUCGGAGGGGACAAAGCCCACUUAUUACUGCCAGUCAGCUGAGCAGCACAAAAGCCUUGGAUAAAAUGGCACCAUAUAGCGACCGUAGGGUAGAGUAGCGCGUAGUCUGUGAGGGUCUUUUGUUUAUGCCAGUAUUACUAAUGAAGUGUUUUAUCCUUGUAGACGGUGACAGGCGGAGUGUCACGACACAUUAUGACGGUAGAUUUGCUUUUUAUUUUGUGUUCUAUUUAUCGGUGUUCUGAGUUUUGUGGUCACGUUUCUGUUUUUUAUUUUUUUUUUUACUUCACAUUGUUGGAUAUUUAACUGUAUUGAAUUUUUCCUGACCAACGUAUGAAGUAAGAGGGAGCGGGACCACCUAGUACAAAGAUUUUAGCCUGGCAUAGGUUUUAAAAAGCACAUUUCUUAAAAGAACACCUCAAAGCUCAAUGGGGGUACGGCUAGUAUGGGCCGAAGAGACAGGUACUUGACAAGUGGCUUUAUGCAACAGUUCUGUCUUUAAGGGUGUGCCAUGAAUUGGGGGCACCUCAGCCAAGGAGACCGAAAAGAGGGUGAAAGGAAUCUUUAAGAACGUGCGACUCCGUGUGCUUUACAGCAGAAGCAUUUUUAAUAAACGUCUGAGACUGGGAUUGGUGGCUUCGGGGGGACUUGUGCUUGCUUGGUUUUGUUCUUGUGAAUGAAAAACAAAUUAGCUGAAGACUACAAACUGCUUGGCGGUGGGCUGUAAUGAAGACGUACUGCUCGAGAAGUGACCUGGAGGAUUCAAACCUGCUGUUACAGUGGAGGCGCAGGCCCUCGCACCUUUAAUGCAUGAUCAUCCUGUCUGGGGACGCCGCCAUUGACUCGGCCACUCUGCCUCUUUAUUAAUCCUUACGAUAUGUUACUACUUUGCAAACGCUUAUUCUGCUAAAUACGUAAAUACAAUAAAGUUCAAAAUCUUGAAGUGCUAA